AAGGUGUCAAAUGGAGAGAUGGCUUGUAGACUGGGCUCUGCCCACUAAUUAGCUGUGUGGCCUCGGGAGAAUCAUCCGGGCUCUCUGGCUUCCCUUGUUUUCCGAUGAAAUAACGCUGACGAUGAUAUUUCAGAGUUGUCCAGGGGUCAAUGAGGCGGGAUGAAGGGAAGCAUCGUGACAUCUGGGAGCCUUAGGCCAGUGAAAAAUGUGGAAUGGCUGUACCCCCACUCUCCUAGCACUGGAUGUGAGGCAGCAUCGUUUCCCCUUCUCUCUCUUCGAAUGUCAAGUGCACCAGCUUCCAAUCCCUCCUCUGGGCGGGCCUUGUCUGGGCUAAUCUCGGCUGCAGAUUCCAGUACAAACUCAGGACUCUCCCCCACCCAGCCGCCCCUACCCAAGGACUCGCCAAACACACCUUGAAUCCCGCGCCAGAGCGCAGCCCGGAACUGCAGCUCCGCGGCGUGGGCCCAGGACUGAGCAGCUAGGCGCGAGCGAAAACAAACAGCUGGGGCUGCGAGCGUCCCCGCCCCGGCCCCGAGAGCACGCUGGCCCCGGCCCCCAUCCGGGGCGCCCGUCUGUCCACCAUGAGGAAGAUCCGCGCCAAUGCCAUCGCCAUCCUGACCGUAGCCUGGAUCCUGGGCACUUUCUACUACUUAUGGCAGGACAACCGAGCCCACGCAGCAUCCUCCGGCGGCCGGGGCGCGCAGAGGGCCGGCGGGAGGCCGGAGCAGCUCCGCGAGGACCGCACCAUCCCGCUCAUUGUGACAGGAACUCCCUCGAAAGGCUUUGAUGAGAAGGCCUACCUGUCGGCCAAGCAGCUGAAGGCUGGAGAGGACCCCUACAGGCAGCAUGCCUUCAACCAGCUGGAGAGUGACAAGCUGAGCCCGGACCGGCCCAUCCGGGAUACCCGCCAUUACAGCUGCCCAUCGGUGUCCUACUCCUCGGACCUGCCGGCCACCAGCGUCAUCAUCACCUUCCACAAUGAGGCUCGCUCCACCCUGCUGCGCACAGUGAAGAGUGUCCUGAACCGAACUCCUGCCAACUUGAUCCAGGAGAUCAUUUUAGUGGAUGACUUCAGUUCAGAUCCGGAAGACUGUCUGCUCCUGACCAGGAUCCCCAAGGUCAAGUGCCUGCGAAAUGACCGGCGGGAAGGGCUGAUCCGGUCCCGAGUGCGUGGGGCGGACGUGGCUGCAGCUACUGUCCUCACCUUUCUGGACAGCCACUGUGAAGUGAACACAGAGUGGCUUCAGCCCAUGCUGCAGCGGGUGAAGGAGGACCAUACCCGCGUGGUGAGUCCCAUCAUUGAUGUCAUCAGUCUGGAUAAUUUUGCCUACCUUGCAGCAUCUGCUGACCUUCGUGGAGGGUUCGACUGGAGCCUGCAUUUCAAGUGGGAGCAGAUCCCUCUUGAGCAGAAGAUGACCCGGACAGACCCCACCAGGCCCAUAAGGACGCCUGUCAUAGCUGGAGGAAUCUUCGUGAUUGACAAGUCCUGGUUUAACCACUUGGGAAAAUAUGAUGCCCAGAUGGACAUCUGGGGGGGAGAGAAUUUUGAGCUCUCCUUCAGGGUGUGGAUGUGCGGUGGCAGUUUGGAGAUCGUCCCCUGCAGCCGGGUGGGCCAUGUCUUCAGGAAACGGCACCCCUACAACUUCCCUGAGGGUAACGCCCUCACCUACAUCAGGAAUACCAAGCGCACUGCAGAAGUGUGGAUGGAUGAAUAUAAGCAGUACUACUAUGAGGCCCGGCCCUCGGCCAUUGGGAAGGCCUUUGGCAGCGUGGCUUCGCGGAUAGAGCAGAGGAAGAAGAUGAACUGCAAGUCCUUCCGCUGGUACCUGGAGAACGUCUACCCGGAGCUCACGGUCCCCGUGAAGGAAGUACUCCCUGUCAUCAUUAAGCAGGGGAUGAACUGCUUAGAAUCUCAGGGCCAGAACACAGCUGGUGACUUCCUGCUUGGAAUGGGGAUCUGCAGGGGGUCUGCCAAGAACCCCCAGCCUGCCCAGGCCUGGCUGUUCAGUGACCACCUCAUCCAGCAGCAGGGGAAGUGCCUGGCUGCCACCUCCACCUUGAUGUCCUCUCCCGGAUCCCCCGUCACACUGCAGAUGUGCAACCCUAGAGAAGGCAAGCAGAAAUGGAGGAGGAAAGGAUCUUUCAUCCAGCACUCAGUCAGUGGCCUCUGCCUGGAGACGAACCCUGCCCAGCUGGUGACCAGCAAGUGUCAGGCUGACACCCAGGCCCAGCAGUGGCAGCUGUUGCCACACACAUGACGGUAGCCCCAGGGCCUCCUGUAUCUUUUGCAUGAGACUUUGGGGCCAGAAGGGGGUUUGGGUGGGGGAGUGCAAAGCAGGCCGUUCCCAUCUCCUCAUAUUUCCGCCAGGACCAUCAGCAAACAUCCACCAUGACACACAUUCUCCAAAGCUUGUUCCAGGAGGGCGUGGGUGGGCACCCCCCAUGCCCUCAGCGCUGUCCUGGCCUUGCCCCCGGGAAUGGAGAUGGUCAGGGUGCUGGACUGUUGCUGGGUAGAGACUGAGUAGGUGCCCCUGGCCCUUUGUCCUCUCCCUUGGCACUUCUUGGGGCCAGGACUAUAGUGUGUGGUCUCUCCCUUGUCGCUUGGGGAGAGCAAGGACGGAAGGCCACCUGGGGGCCUGUUGGGUCAUGAGGCCCAGUGGUGUGAGCAGGUAGGGCGAGGAGAAAGUGGGCAGUGUGGAUGGAGAGGCUGAAGGCUGGAAAAAGAGGGAAGAAAAGGAGAGGGGCAGCCUGCAGGGGCAGGAAAAGAACAGGAAGGAAGUGAGAAGCCUGGUGACCUGUCAAAGAUGCCAGGCCCAGGGUGCUGCUGGGUUGGGUGGGGGACGGAUGGGAUCUUGGCAGCAAAAAUGGGUAAUUAGCAAUGAACGUGAAUAGAAGAGCAGCAAAGCCCCAAAAGAACAAGGUCUCUUCCCCAGGACACAGUCUCUUCCACACUUCAUCAGCCCCAGGGCCUGAGCCCAAUGCUGUGCCUCGGUCCUGUGCCUGCGGGUGCCCACGUUCCUUAGCAAGAGGCUGCAAAGGGAUCUGUAGAGAAGACUCCGGCAUGGUUUAUCAAACAGAUUUCACUUCUUUUUGGCCAUGUGUCAGGCUGAGACCUCUCUCUUGGGCAUUAACAAAGAGCUAGUGCCCUGUUCCUGCCGCCAGGUCCCACUGAAAGGACAGAUAGCCACACACAUCAUUGAGUAGCCCCAGCUUCGUUUGUCAUUUUUGACUCCUGCUUUCUCAAAGGUUUUUGCCUCUUUCAAUACAGCAUCAUUGUUCAGGGUGAUAGGAAAGAAGGGACCUCCUUUCCGGACUAUGAACAGCCCCUAAGUCAGUAGAGGCUAAGCCAUCCAGGCUCAACUUCACCCUUAUUCCCUUCCCCACUACAGGAGGGAUUUUUCUGAAGGAUCAGCUAUUACACUGGGCUGGGAGGCUGGCUGUGGUUCCUGUUUGUGUAGAGAACUCCCAGUUCCUUUCCACAGCCACUGAGAGUAUAUUCACACAUCUACCCCGAGGCCUUGCCUUGGAACUGCUCCUGCUAUCCCCACGCCCUUCUUCCCUCACCCCACUGGCUCAGGAAGUGUUACCUUGGGCAAAUGAUUGUUGGCACCAGGACCCUAGGAGUCUCGCUAUAAAGCAGACCAGCCUGGGGCAGAUACAUGUACUGCAGGAGCCCCUGUCUUUCAUAGGCCAAGGAUCCACACACCCAUAGAGAAUUCAUGGAUUCCAGAAGGUCUAGGAAUCUCCUGAAAUUGUCCCUAAAAUAUUGCAUGUAUGUGUGUGCAUAAACACAUUUUCCUGGGGAAAGAGUCCAGGGCUUCUUAAAGAGGUCCCUGAUCCCCAAAGGGCCUGAACCUCUGCUCUGGAUUGAAGCCACUGUCUGCCCAAGCUGCCACCUCCCAAUCUCCCUCCCUGGUGUGCUCAAAGCACCAUCGCCCGCUCCCUCCACGUGGCCCUUGAGGUCAGCAGCCAAGUGUUGGUGGUCCGCAGCACCUGCUCUGGAGGGCUCUCCAGCAGUUUCACCUCCUGACUCUCACCAGCGUCCUCUCAGCAGCGCUCCUGUGCCCAAGUGCAGCCCCCUGGACUUGCCAGCGCAGGGCCCUUCACCCCAGGGCCAUGCUUCACCCGUCGUCUGUGGUGAUGUUUCAUCCACGGCCAGGUGCAGCCUCAGAUCCCCUGUUCAUCUGGGAAGCCUCCUGCCACAGCUUAGGACUGAACUGGACCCAGGGCAAAGACCUCUCCCCAGAGGAUGGACUAGAAGGCCUGGGCCACACUCGAGUGUGGACCUUUGGGGCUGGGGAGUGGUGGCUGCUUCUGUCGAAUAUAAGAGGACUGCUGACCAGAGGGCCUUCGAGAGGGUCUCUCCCUCCUUUGCUGUGGUCAGACCAGGCUCUGCACUUAUCGGCCGGUCCUUUGUGGCAACUCAGCUCUAUUCUGUUUUUGCUUUUCUUCUCUUGACCAAAGCAUGUGCCACUAGCUGUCUUUGAGGACCUCGUCUUUAUGAAACACACACCUAGAAUAAAACCACUUCUUACAUGUC